AUGGUGCUUCCCUGUGCCCACAGUGGCGCAGGCCGACUGGCACCCGAGGAGUUCCGUGGCCGCAGCAACUCCAUUCCCCCGGCGCAGACCCCCACCGCCAAGCACAUGCUGGCCUACCUGCCCCGGCUGCCCACCGACACCAGCCAGUAUGGCACCUUCCCCCAGGAGUCUGAGCUCCCGGCCGCCCCCAGGCCUCUGGUGGAGGAUGCCCAGCAACAAGCCGGCACCGCUGCUGCCAACAGAAGCGCUGUGAUGCCAAACUACCCAUCCCCACCCUGCUGCCGCAGCGGCCCUGGCGAGCCAGCCAUGCCCCCGAGCCGCUGCACUGCGGCUUCCCAGCACUGGCCCAGUGACCUGUCCCGGUGCCUGCCAGCCACCCCGCAGGACACAGGCCCCUGCUGGUACCCACUGCAGGCGCCCACAGUCCCCAGCUCGGCACGCUGCAGGACCCCUGCCCGCAGCACGGCCACCAUCCCCGAGGGGCCGCAGGGCCGGCGCCCCAAGCUGCUGGAGGAGGAUGGUCCCGUGGUCCAGGUCGGCAAGAGGCAGCGCCAGCGCUACGUGACCAAGGUGGGCAAGUGCCAGGUGAACCUGGGCAACAUCCAGGAGAAGAAGCGGUUCCUCUCUGAUAUCUUCACCACCAUUGUGGACCUCAAGUACCGCUGGUUCCUUUUUGUCUUCAUGAUGUGUUACAUCAUCACCUGGGUGGCCUUUGGCACCAUCUACUUCUUUGAUGCGUGGGUGCGGGGCGACAUCGGGCACCAGGGCGAUCCUGAGUGGCCGGCCUGCAUCCAGAACGUGGACGGCUUCAUCUCUGCCUUGCUCUUCUCAGUGGAAAGCCAGCGGACCAUCGGCUACGGCUCCCGCAUGGUGACGGCCAACUGUGCAGAGGGUGUCAUCCUGCUGAUGGCACAGUCCAUCGUGGGCUCCAUGAUCGACGCCCUGAUGGUGGGCUGCAUGUUCGUCAAGAUCUCCCGGCCCAAGAAGCGCGCCCAGACCCUCAUCUUCAGCAAGAACUGUGUGGUGUCCCGGCGGGACGAGAAGCUCUGCCUGAUGUUCCGUGUGGGGGACCUGCGCGACAGCCACAUGGUGGAUGCCAAGAUCCGGGCCAAGCUGAUCAAGUCACGGCAGACGGCCGAGGGGGAGUUCAUCCCACUGGAGCAGUCGGAGCUGAACCUGGGCUACGACACGGGGGAGGAUCGCUUGUUCCUGGUGGAGCCCCAGAUCAUCUGCCACGUCAUCAACUGCCACAGCCCCUUCUGGGACAUGUCAGCUGAGUCGCUGCACCGGGAGCAGUUCGAAAUCAUCAUCAUCCUUGAGGGCAUUGUGGAAGCCACAGGAAUGACGUGCCAAGCCCGCACCUCCUACACGGAGGACGAGAUCCUCUGGGGAUACCGCUUCGAGCCCUGCAUGUCCCUGGAGAAAGGCGCCUACCGAGUGGACUACAGCCGCUUCGACAUGACCUUCGAGGUGCAGACGCCGGCGGCCAGCGCCAAGGAGCUGCAGGAGCUGCAGCAGCUGCAGCAGCACUCCAUGCUUAGCCUCUGCCGGGACCGGCUCAGCCUGAGCUGCUCGGGGGCUCCAGCGCCAGCAGUGCCAUAG